AUGUCAGUUCAGUCGAAACUUCUCGAAACGGCAAUAGACCCUGAAAAACGGCGGAGAGCCUUGUUGAUAGUUGCAGGAGGUGUUGCCGCAGUAGUAGCUGCUCAAUGGAUUGCACUCAGAAAGUCUCAGAAAUCUCAUUACAAACUGGAGAAAGAGGACAGUGUGGCUUCUGAUGGAACGCCAAAAAAGAAUAAAAAGCGAGCAUUUGACCCACAUUUUUUGAGGCAGUUGAAAGAAUUGCUGAAAAUUAUGGUACCUGGAAUUUUCAGUAAAGAGGCUGGAAUUAUUGGAAUGCAUUCAAUCAUCCUUAUGUGCAGAACAUUUUUGACAAUUUAUGUUGCCCAAUUAGAAGGAUCUAUGGUACAAUCAAUUGUAGAAAAGGAUGUGCUACAAUUUGUCUUGCACCUCAUCAAAUGGAUUUUAGUGGCUCUCCCAGCUACCUUCGUUAAUUCUAUGAUCAGAUUUUUCGAGUCUUAUUUGGGAUUAGCAUUCAGAACAAGACUCACCAAACAUGCUUACAAGCAAUACUUCUCGGAUCAAACUUACUACGCAGUGUCUAAUUUGGACACCCGUCUCCAGAAUGCUGAUCAAUGUUUGACAGAAGAUAUCACCAUGUUCUCACAAAGUAUAGCUCAUCUCUACUCACAUUUGACAAAACCUGUAUUGGAUAUUGCCUUAAUCACAUUCACUCUUCUAAAACUAGCAGUACAACGUGGAACGGGUCGCUCAACAUUCCUCCCAUCUUGCAUGGCAAUUCUAGCAGUUUCAAUGACUGCAAAAAUUCUGAAGGCAGUAUCACCAAGAUUCGGACACAUGGUGGCAGAAGAGGCAAAAAGAAAGGGACAUUUGAGGUACUUGCAUUCAAGAAUUAUUACGAAUUCAGAAGAAAUUGCGUUCUAUGGAGGUCAUCAGGCUGAGUACAAACAACUGGAUGGUGCCUACAACUCUUUGUAUCAACAAAUGAUGAUGAUAUUCAAGAAACGUAUUCCGUAUAUUAUGAUUGAACAGUUCCUUAUGAAAUAUGUGUGGUCUGGUACCGGUAUGGUCAUGAUUGCUCUUCCGAUUCUUGCAGCCGAGUAUGCUGAUGACGAAAAAGCAACGAAAUUGGAAGACCUUCCUGAUCAUGGAGUUUCUGAAAGAACUCGUGGAUACGCCACGGCAAAAACACUUCUGUUCAACUCAGCAGAUGCUGUUGAAAGAUUAAUGACAAGUUACAAAGAAGUGACUGAACUAGCAGGAUACACUGGAAGAGUUCAUGAAAUGUUUAAAGUUUUUGAUGAUGCGAAGAAGGGAAUCUAUCAAAGACAACUUGUUAGUGGAGGACAAGUUGAAGGGCAACGGGGAGAACGAUUUGAUACCAGUAGGAUUGAAGGUAUCGUCACUGACUCUGAAACCGACGAAAUUGUUCUCAAAUCUGUGCCAAUUGUAACACCAAAUGGAGAUGUUGUGGUGAAGAAUAUGACGUUGACAAUUACACCAGGAAUGCACGUCUUGAUCACUGGACCCAACGGAUGCGGAAAAAGUUCACUGUUCAGAAUUCUAGGAGGAUUAUGGCCGGUUUACCGAGGGCAUCUUGAGAAACCAUCCUCUGAUCGAAUGUAUUAUAUCCCACAACGACCAUACAUGACACUCGGAACUCUUCGUGAUCAAGUAAUCUAUCCGGAUACAACUGUUCAAAUGCGACGACGUGGAAUCACUGAUCAAGACUUGAUGAUUAUGCUGAGAAUAGUGCAUUUGGAACACAUUGUAGAGAGAGAAGGUGGAUGGGAUGCACAGAAUGAUUGGAUGGAUGUUCUGUCUGGAGGAGAGAAACAAAGAAUGGGAAUGGCAAGAGUGUUCUAUCAUAGACCAAAAUAUGCUCUUCUCGAUGAAUGCACAUCCGCAGUCUCGAUUGAUGUUGAAGGAAGUAUUUAUCAAGCUAUUAAGGAUAAUGGCAUCACUCUUUUAACGGUCACCCAUCGGCCUAGUUUGUGGAAGUUCCAUACACACCUCCUUCAAUAUGAUGGUGAAGGUGACUACAAAGUAUCCUCUUUGAAUGAGAAGACUAUCGUAGAGCGCUUGAGUUAUUCGGAAGAGAAACAACAACUGGAAAGGCAGUUAGCAGAAGUGCCAAGAUGGAAGGAACGCCUCCAAGAGGUGUGUCAACUGCUUGGAGAUGAGGAUCAUUUGAACAUGACAUUGGAUACCGAUGAUAGUGAAUAA